GAAACGGAGGGUACAGCUAGAAGGAAAAGGCUUUUUAGGAAAGAGCACUUGCUGGAUGGAAACACAGACUCCAGAAUUACAGAAGAGCACUGGAUCGCGCGCUUGGCAGCUGCCGCGCGUAACUGUCGCGCUGCUCUCCGCGGGGACCGAGGACGCGGAGCUCUCUGGGGAACGUAGUUCAGCGGACACCUGGAGCAGAGGGCGCCCAAGAUUGUCCCAUUCCCGAAUUCCCAACUGGGAGCCUCCGCGAGCUCUUUCCAUAAAGUCUGCCCAGCGACUCUGAGCUGAGUUUAUUACCAUUAUGUGCAGUGUUGGAGAUUGAACCUAGGGCCUCUGCCCUGAACUACAUCCUCAGCCUUUUAAAAUGUUUAUUUUUUAUUUGAGACAGUAUCUUGCUUAGUCGCUAAAUUGUCCCAGGUAGGCUCGAAUUUGUGAUCUUCCUGCCUCAGCGCAGGGAUUACAGGUGUGUGCUACUAUGCCCAGAGUUUAUCAUACCCCUUGACACUACUGCCCUGUCCCAGGAGGCAAACACAGGUAUAAUGUUUUAUCUGAAUCCUGAGAUUCGGUCUUACAGUCCUGCCACGACCGCGGAGACAGUCUUCUAAGCUCUGGUGGAAGAAAGUUUCCGGGAAAAGAAGAAGCUUGGGCAGUUCAUAAGCAGACCAGGAAGCAACAUUAAAGACUUGUGAGUUAUGUCUCAUCUUUCUUUGUGAAAAUACAAACUAAGGAAAAACUCAGAAAACCUAGGAAACAGGAAAGUAUUUCCUCUGAGCAUUGACUGACAUUGCAUUGAUACACACUGAUUUUUGGACUGCACUCCUAUGUAUGGGACUCAGUUUGAGAGAGUUUGAAACACAAUUCAUACUUAUAUAUAAUUUAUACUUAAAUAUGAUAGAAAAUGUGUAAGAAAGACAUUCAUAUAAAGAGAAUGCUAUAUUUUUAUCCCUUUAUAUAACCACUGCAUCUCAGAAUAAUCAAUGCAAGAAAAGUCUUCUAUCAUAAAUUCAACAUCAUUACCAUACCUGAGAAUUAAUAUUGAAAAGAAACCAUAUGACUUCAGUGAAUGUUGGAAAGUUGUUAUCCUUAACAUAUCUCAGUAGAUACUAGGGGAACCUAGAAGAAAGUUCCUGUGCAUGACAAAAAUGUUGGAAUGUCUUCAGCCUGAAUCAGAUCUCACACAGCAUGAUGAAAUUCAUACUGGAAAGCAACUUUAUGAAUGUAAGGUGUGUAGAAGAACUUUUAGCCUGAAGCAAAACUUCAUAGAGCAUAAGAAAAUGCAUACUGGAGAGAAAUCACAUGAAUGUACUGAAUGUGGUAAAGUGUUCUCUCAGGUCUCAUCGCUUACUCUACAUUUGAGAAGUCAUAUAGGGAAGAAAUCAUAUGAAUGUAAUAAAUGUGGAAAAGCCUUCAGCCAGAAGGGAAACUUCCUUUCUCAUCAGAAAUAUCAUAGUGGAGAAAAACCUUCUGAAUGUGAGAAAGCACCUGUUCAAAUGGCAACCCUCAUCAGGCAUCAGAGAGAUCAUACAGGAAAUAAACCAUAUGCAUGUAAGGAAUGUGGGAAAGCUUUUAAUAGCAAAUCAUACCUCAGUGAGCAUGAGAAAAUUCACACUGGAGAGAAACCAUUUGAAUGUAAUCAGUGUGGAAGAGCCUUCAGCCAGAAGCAACAUCUCAUUAAGCAUCAGAAUAUCCAUAGUGGAAAGAAACCUUUCAAAUGUAAUGAGUGUGAAAAAGCCUUUAGCCAGAAAGAAAACCUCAUUAGCCAUCAGAGAAUCCAUACAGGAGAGAAACCUUAUGAAUGUAAAGGGUGUGGAAAAGCUUUCAUUCAGAAGUCAGGCCUCAUUAGACAUGAAAGAAGUCACACUGGAGAGAAACCCUAUACAUGCAAGGAGUGUGGGAAAGCCUUCAGUGGCAAAUCAAAUCUCACUGAGCAUGAGAAAAUUCAUAUUGGAGAGAAACCCUAUAAAUGUAAUGAAUGUGGAACAAUCUUCAGGCAGAAGCAAUACCUCAUUAAACAUCACAAUAUUCAUACAGGAGAGAAACCCUAUGAAUGUAAUAAAUGUGGAAAAGCCUUUUCACGGAUCACAUCACUCAUUGUACAUGUAAGAAUUCAUACAGGUGAUAAACCUUAUGAAUGUAAAAUUUGUGGGAAAGCUUUCUGUCAAAGCUCAUCUCUUACUGUACACAUGAGAAGCCAUACAGGUGAGAAACCCUAUGGUUGUAAUGAAUGUGGGAAAGCCUUUUCUCAGUUCUCAACUCUUGGUCUACAUAUGAGAAUCCAUACUGGUGAAAAACCUUAUCAAUGUAGUGAAUGUGGGAAAGCUUUCAGCCAGAAGUCACAUUACGUUAGACACCAGAGAAUUCAUACUCAUUAAAGUUCUAUGAAUGCCUUGGAUUUAGGAAACUCUUCAGCAGAAUUUACACUUAAUUAUAUAUCAAGUUUUGUUUUACAUUAAAGAGACAUAAAUGUAGCAAAUUGUAUUAAAUACUCAAAAGUAUUUAAUAAGUGUCAGAGUAUAAUAAAAGCCUAUGCCCCUAAAACUCCCACAAUAAACAUUAUUAAUAGUAUACUUUAAGAAGUAUUCUCAGUACAAUUAGGAUACAGUAAUGGAUAUUAAUUACCUAGAAGGCCUACCAGAUGCAUUAAGAUAAUAUGAGAGAUACAAAGAUUUGAAAUUAGACACAAUUACUUUCUUGUUUUGCUACAUAUGAAUUUUGUGAAACUAUAAUCAUCAAAGUUAUUAUUAUUAUUUUUGGUACUGAGGAUCAAACUCGGGACUUUGUGCUUGCGAGGCAGGCGGUGAAACCGCUGAGCUAAAUCCUCAGCCCUCAAAAUUAUUGUUUUGCAGUACAGAAAAGUGAAAUUAGGACAGACUGUUGAAUCCAGAAAUGCUUGAAUGUAUGGGAAAUUGGUCAUUGAUAGAGGUAGUAUCUCAGAUUGGUAGCAAAAUCAUGGAUGACAAAAAAAAAUGGUCUCAGGGUAAUUGAUUCUUCAUAUGGUAAAAUACUAGACCUCUGCCCUCAUUGUCCAUUAAAAUAUUUAUUUCUUAUAAAUUCUAAAUGUACUGAAGAUUAGAAUGCAUAAAGUGAAACAAUGUAAGAAUUUUGUACGGGAAUGUUUUUAAUUGGGGCAGGAGAAAAUUUCUAAACUAGAUUGUUUUUGGUACUGGGAAUUGAUCCCAUUGCCUUUGCAGUAAGCUACAUCCCCAACCCAUUUUUUUGAGACAGGGUCUCAUUAAGUUGCCCAGGUGAGGUUUGCAUUUAUGAUCCUCCUACUUCAGUCUCCCAAAUACUGGGAUUACAGGCAUGCAAUACUAGCUUAGAAAUUACUCCAUCUAUCUAUCUAUCUGUCUAUAUUGAUCUCAAUUGAUCAAUCAAUCGAUAGAUAGACCUCAAAAUCUGAAACUUCUAAACAGAGAGUCUGUUUAUUCCAGUAUGAAUUAUGGUAGCCAAAAAUUGGACACAAGUGUUUGUUGUUUGUGAAAUAGAUGAAUAAAAUGUGAUGCAGUCAUACUGUAGAAUAUUCUUUUAGCAGUUAAGUACAAAUUAAAUCUAUAUGUAUUAACAGUAAAAGGAAAAAAUCAUGUAGAAUGAAGAAAGCUAAAGUGAUGAGCAUAUUGUAAAUGAUACCUGUAUACAUUUUGAAUGAAAUCAGUAUUAACCAAUCCAUGUACUAAGAUUUGAUUAUGGAAAAGACCCUUUUUCUAUAAAACUACAAAGAAUGAAUUGGACAGAUACACACUCAGUUCCUAAAAGUGGUUGCCUCUGACAGGAAGGAAACCAGAAAGGAAAUGUGACCCAGCAUAGUAGUGAAAGGAUACUUCAAUUUUCCAUCUAAAUAUUUAUUUUCAUUAAAAAAGAAGAUUCCACUUGAAUGUAACAAAAUGUUAGUUAAUUUUGGAAUUUGAUAAUGUACAUAUUCAUUCUUUUGUUAGUGAUAUUUUCUCAAAAUGAUAGAGAUGUGGGGAAUGUAUACAUGACAUACAUGUUACAGUAAUCCCCUUUAUCUGUGGGGAAUACAUUUGAAGGCCCCCAGUGGAUGCCUGAAACCCUAGGUAGUAAGUACUUAAUCCUAUGUGUGUUGUUUUGUUUGGCACUAUUGGGAAUUGAACUCAUGGCUUCACACUGAGCUAUAUUCCCAGCCGUUUUCAUUUUUUAUUUUGAGACAGGGUUUCAUCAUGUUGCUUGGGCUGUCCUUGAAUUUAGGAUCAUCCUGCCUCAGCCUCCUGAGUAGCUGGAGUUACCACCAUGGCCAGCUCUCUACGUUUUUCCUAAACAUACAUACACCUGUGAUGAAGUUUAGUUGUAAAUUAAGCACUAUUAGAAAUUAACAAUAAGUUCCCAUAGAGCUUAGCAAUCUCGUAUGAUUUUAUUUUUGUUUAAUGGAGAACUUUUACCUUUUAAUUAAGGAAAAUAUAUUAAACCUUCACUUUGGCAUAUCCAAAUUGUCAGCAUCACUACUCUUAAUGCUUUGGGCUAGUAAGUAAAAUAAGGGUUGUUGUGUAGUUUAUGUCCUCUGAUUGGACCCAGACUCAUACAGAGUUUGGAAAAAGACUUGCCCUGAUCCCACUUCUUUUCUCCUCUGCCAUGGAUUCUGUCCAUUUGCAUAGAGCAUGCAUUUUCCCAUGCUCUGCGGAAUGCCACGAGGGAGGUGAUUCUGUCCUUGGGUGUGAAUUGAGGUAAAGGUAAUAUCAUAGUUACUAUGACUGACUGGUGCAGGAAAAGUCAGAAUGCUCACUAGGCUUCUGUGUUGCCCUUUCACCUCCAACGUGUCUUAAUCUGUAAUAAAAAUGAUGUUUGACCUCCA